UCCAAGAGGCGGUUCCCUUUUCCCUCCAUCACCUCCGCCAGCCACCUCUCUCUCUAUCCCUGUCUGCCUUAGGGUUUCUCAUUUUCCGAAGCCCCGCCAUUUUGACUCUCCUCUGUCCUUCAUCUUCUUUCUGUCGGUUCGAAUCUCCCGUCGUCGGUCGGUCCGAAUCUCCCGUCGUCGGUCGGUCCGAAAAGAAGAGAUCGAUCGCGUGCAUUAAUGAUAGAGAGAUGUCUGUGAAUUUGACAAGAGAUGCUAUCGCUAUGGUGAGCGAAGGGAAGCAGGACAUAAAGCCUGUUCUUCAGGUUUACGACAUUAAAUUGGUUAUGUCGCAGGCUGCAAAUGACAGAUACAGAUUGCUUCUCUCAGAUGGCACCCACAUGCAGCAAUCUAUGCUUGCUUCUCAAUUGAAUCAUUAUGUUAAGUCGGGACAGCUGCAGAAGGGCUCUAUAGUUCAAAUGAUCGAGUAUAUUUGCAAUACUAUACAAAAUCGCAAGAUCAUUAUUGUGAUCAACCUGGAAGUAGUGCUCGAUAAGUUUGAUAUAAUUGGUGAGCCAAAACUCUAUGUGGGUGCUUCUGCAAAUGGUCCAGCUGCACCGCAGGUUGAGUCUGUUCCAGCAAAAUCUUCUCCUGUUCUGUCCCGACCAGCAACUGGAAAUGCUCAGCCUUAUGGUGUUCCCUAUGCUGCUGGCCAUCUUGGGGAAGGGCCAAAUCCUGGGGGAUCUUCUCUGCAUCCCAAAGCUGAAACUGGGGCUAGUGUUACUAACAUUGCCAAUGGCAAAAAUUAUGGUAUUUCAUCACAUAGUAAUAUGGCCAACCAGAAUCAGACUUCAAAUAUGCAUGGGCGAGCAACUCCACAAUCAAUAUAUCAGCCAACUCCAUCAUAUGUCAAUAGGGGGCCUAUUGCUAAAAAUGAAGCUCCUGCUCGAAUUAUUCCAAUUGCUGCGUUAAACCCAUAUCAGGGAAGAUGGACAAUUAAAGCAAGAGUCACGUCAAAAAGUGAGCUUAGGCGGUACAACAAUCCCAGAGGAGAGGGCAAAGUUUUUUCUUUUGAUCUGUUAGACUCUGAUGGUGGGGAAAUUCGUGUUACUUGCUUCAAUUUGGUGGCAGAUCAGUUUUAUGAUAGGAUCAAUGUAGGUAAUGUAUACUUGAUAUCCAAGGGAAGUCUAAAGCCUGCGCAGAAGAACUUCAAUCACCUUAAUAAUGAAUGGGAAAUACUUUUGGAGUCAACUUCAACAAUAGAGCCAUGCUUGGAGGAAGAUAGCUCUAUCCCUAGGCAGCAGUUUAAUUUUAGGCCUAUCAGUGAAAUUGAGAGCAUGGAGAACAACUCAAUGGUUGAUAUAAUUGGGGUAGUUGUCUCAGUGCAUCCUUCUUCUACCAUAAUGAGAAAAAAUGGUACAGAAACGCAGAAAAGAACUCUUCAGUUGAAGGACAUGUCAGGGCGAAGUGUUGAAUUAACCAUUUGGGGUAACUUUUGCAACGUGGAAGGACAAAGGCUGCAAGAAAUGUGUGACUCCGGAAUGCGUCCCGUUUUGGCUGUGAAGGCUGGUAGAGUAAGUGAUUUCAGUGGAAAAUCAGUUGGGACGAUUUCUACGAGCCAGCUAUUCAUUGAUCCUGAGUUUCCAGAGGCUCAACGAUUAAGGGAGUGGUUCAAUAGGGAGGGAAAAAAUGUGGCUACUCCAUCCAUUUCAAGGGACAACUCAAUGUCGGGAAAAACAGAUGUUCGGAAGACUGUGUCACAGAUUAAGGAUGAAGGUCUUGGUAGAGCAGAGAAGCCAGAUUGGAUCACUGUGAAAGCAGUUGUUGCAUUUGUAAAGGUAGAUAACUUUUGCUAUACUGCAUGCCCCUUGAUGGUUGGUGAUCGGCAGUGCAACAAGAAAGUUACUAAUAAUGGUGAUGGGAGGUGGCACUGCGACAGGUGCGACCAAGAUAUACCUGAAUGUGACUACAGAUAUCUUCUCCAGUUCCAGAUACAAGAUCACACUGGCAUCACAUGGGUAACCGCAUUUCAGGAGGCUGGGGAGGAAAUAAUGGGAGUCUCAGCUAAAGCCUUGUAUAUGUUGAAACAUGAAGAACAAGAUGAUGUGGAGUUUGGUAAGGUUAUAAAAACUGUUCUCUUCAAUCAAUACCUGUUCAAGCUUAAAGUGAAGGAGGAGAUUUACAGUGAUGAGCAACGGGUCAAGUCCACUGUCGUGAAGGCAGAAAGACUGAAUUUUGCAGCUGAAUGCAAUUGCCUUUUUGGUUUGAUUGGAAGGCUCUCAAGGGAUGAGCUGCAAACUAAUCCUGCAACAAUCUCACAUGGAGGAAACAGUUAUGAGAUGAACAGUGCAAGUGGCUACCGAAGUGCUGUGAGUGGCUAUGGUGGAAAUUCUCUUGGUGGCAACACAGGUAGCAACACUGAUGGAUACAAUGCUUCAUUGGCAUACCAAUCUGGUUUUAUGGGUAGUGGACAAGGUGGUGGUAGGCCUCUCAACUCCUUUUGUAACAAAUGUGGUGGCACAGAUCACAAUCCUAUGAACUGUCCAGGGCUAAGAGUAGCCGGCGCACAUACAGUGGGAAGUUUUGGAAACAGGCUGCCUGGUGCUGGUGUAGAUGUUGGUGCUACUGGGGAGAACCGAUGCUACAAGUGCAAUCAAAGUGGACACUGGGCAAGAGAUUGUCCUGGACCCAACGCUACUCCUAUCUAUGGAGUCCCUGGUGGUGGUGGAUACGGGGUGAGAAGCAAUAACUAUGGCGGCCGGUAUUAGAUAUUGUAUAAUGGGGAAGUGAUCUCUACAAGUGGCUGACAAGCCAAUUAUGAAAUUUGAGAUUCUCUAAUGGGUCUUGCUGCCCCACUUUGGUCUUACGUGGCAAACCUGUAAACGCUGCGGCUGUCAAUUUCCAGUUAGUUUUAAAUAGAAACUGGAUGGAGAGAAAAGUGCGUAAACCACUGAGCUUUUUGUAGCCAGACUUGCGGCCAAUGCACCAAGCCAGUCUUAUCGAGUGCUGGUCGUUGUUACCUUGUUUUUUGUAAUAUAUUUACUAUGCGUUCCUUUCCUAGUCA